AUGUCGGAGAUCGAUUCAGACACAGACAGCGGUAGUAGUCGCCGCCAAUUCUCCUCAUCGCCCGCAUCCCGCCACGGUCACCUGGACCCACCCCGACCGGGUGAAGAACGCAAAGUCACAUUUGUAGACAAAGAUGGCCAUGCCUCCACAUUCGAAGUAGCCGACGGCGACAACCUCCUCGACAUUGCACAAGCCAACGACAUAGAAAUGGAGGGCGCAUGCGGUGGAUCUUGCGCCUGCUCAACAUGUCACGUCAUAGUCGAAGACGAAGCCUACUACGACAAGAUGGAGGAGCCGGAUGAUGACGAGAACGACAUGUUAGAUCUGGCAUUUGGACUUACCGAAACGAGUCGCCUAGGGUGUCAGGUCAAGAUGAGCAAGGAGCUCGAUGGACUGGUCGUGCGACUGCCGAGCAUGACGAGGAAUCUGCAGGCUAGCGAUUUCGACAGCAAAUGA